AUGAUACAACUUGAAGCACUACCAAAGGUACAACAAAAUCAUCUUCAAUGGGAUGAAAGUAUUUUGAACAAAAUUAAAUGUAGUGUUGAUGGUUUAUAUGAGUUAAAAAAUAAAUUUUUAAAUGAAUGGGCUGAUAAAUUUGGUAUAUUAGACGAUUCAGCAAGCGAAGUUUGGAUGAAACCUGAUAAUAUUCAUUCAAUGAUUAUGGAGUCUUGUGAAUUGAAUAAAAACAAGAAUGAGAUAACACAAUCAAAAUUUGAAGACACAAUAUCCAUAUUCAAAGAAUAUGAGUCAGUUUUUAUGUAUGCACCUGUACUAGACAAGGCGGAAUUCUGUUAUCAGUAUGGUAAAGCUUUCAAUGCGAUUGAUUCAGAUUUGUAUGCUGGUAACAUUAGUAGUCUUCAUGAUAUGACUGGUGAUGAUGAUAAUGAUACUGUCAAUGAUUUCACGAGUCCAGCAGUUCAGUGGUUAACUAAAGCGUUAAAAUUUAAUCCACAACAUUUAGAAGCAUGGUGUGAAUUAGGUGACUCAUGUUGGCGACAAGGUGAUCCUUGCCAAGCUGCAGAUCAUUUUCGACAAGCAUUAAAAAUAGAUCCAAAAUAUGUAAAGGCACUUUGUAAUUUGUCAAUGGUAUUACGUCAACCACCUAAUACUACUACUAAUAUUAGUGAGAAUAUUGAUAAUAUAUCAUCACAUGAAUCUGAUAAAACUAAAUCUCUCUCCUCCUCACCAUCAUCGUCAGAUACACCGAUGAAAUGCUCCAUUUUUCAUCAAUCUGUUGAUUUAGCUCAUCAAGCAGUUAGUCAACAGCCUACAAAUGGUUAUGCAUGGUCUAUACUAGGCAAUGCAUUACUAACUUUAUUUUUUAAAAGUUUUAGUUCAACUAUUACACCAACCACUGUUUCAUCAUAUGACAAAAAUUCAUCAAUCAAUAAAUCUACACUGAUCUCAUCAUCACCACAACUUAUUAUGACACGAUGUAUUGCUGCGUACGCACAAGCUGUCAAAGAUCGUUCAAUUGCAUUAGAGCCGAACUUUCAUUAUAAUCGUGGUUUAGCUUGGCAUUAUCAGGACUUAUUUGGACAAACAUUGAAAUGUUGGUUACAGGCUGUUUGUUUAGAUCCAGGCUGGCCUGCUCCACAAUAUGGUAUUAAACGUAUUAUUAAAUUUGUUAUGGAGUGGCAUAAAUUAAUGGAACAAUUCCACAAAAAACAAUCAAUUCAUGUUCACUCUACAGAAAUCAAAUCAGAUCAAACAGAAUUAUCAUCUAGCACAUUAAAGACAAGUUCCAUUAAUCACAAAUCAUCAGUUGAUAAACAACACCAACAAAUGAAUAAUGAAGAUGAGUUUAUUUCACCUCUUAGUCCGUUAAAGAAAUUGAUGGUGACAACUGUGCUUGAAAGUAGCAAUACAACGAAUACGGAUUCGUCUAGCAGUAAUAAUAAUAACAAUAAUGAUAAUAAUAACAGUAAUAGUGUUGUCCUCGACCAAUCAGAUAUAAGUCAAAACGUAUCAUCAUUGAAUCCCAAAGAGAUGUCAGCAUUAAAUCGUCUACUGGGACCUUAUUGUCCAUUUUCUGGCAAUGAUAAAAAUAAAUCUGGAUCAAAUUUCCAAACAAAAUGGAGUAACAGUGGUAGUAAGAAGAAAAAACACUUGAAAGCUUCUAAAUAUAGUAGUAAAAACAAUAAUAAUAACGACACUUUAACCAAUUCAUCAAGUCCUAAUGACAGUCGGUUAAAUUCAUUGGCUAAUUCACAUUGUUUACAGUUUGCUCCAUUCAAUAGUUUACAAGUAGGAUUCAACAAGAACACUGUAUGCAUUGGACGUGUAUUUGCUGAAUUACCUAAUGAUUCUGAUUUAGCAUUAAAUUUACUUUUAAUCGAUCCAUAUGGUACCCCAUUUGCUGUACGAUUGUAUAAUGUUGGAAAAGGUGUUGGACCAACUCGGAAAGACAUCAUUGCUAUACCUCACCCGUUUGUUGAAGAAAUUUUAAUCGAAGGCUUUGUAUUACAUGCAUGUCUAAAUGCAUUGUCAAUUUUAGACAAUCAAUAUCUAUGUGAUAUGAUAGAGAAGUUUUCAUACCUUCGUACAUCUACGGCGUCGACUAUUACUACUACCACUACUACUGACAACGAAUUAAGUAGUAGUGGUGGUAGCAAUGUUAACUGUACAAAGUCUGAAUCGAAUGCUCAAUCUUCUAAUGAACCUACUAUUAAUCUUCCUAAUCAAUUAAUGAAUCUUCAUAUGCGCAUCAUACGUGUUCCAUUGCCAAAUUUUCUUGUAGUUAAUGGUCAAACAGUUGGAUCUAGUUGGACGGCUGCACCCGUUUUAAAAAAUAUUUUUUUUACUUGA